ACACCACGUGAUCCUUCUUUUAGACUUCCUCCCGCCUUGCGACUCACAUUUUACCAUCGCGAAUGACGCGACAAACGACGUCUUCCGAUGAUGCAAAGGAAGACGGUUUUACUGGUCUACGGACAAGUAUCUUCGGAACUAAUCACCAAGUUCCGAAAUGGGUUCCAGUGACCUUGCUGGCCUUUUCAUCCGUAGCACUUGUAGUGCCAAUAAUCAUGCUACGACGAUAUAGGCGUGGUGUUAUUCCCCAGAAUCUUCAGGAAGCUACUGCGCCUCCUCGGCGAGGGCGAGGACCAUCAACGCUGCCUGUCUCAUCGCAUUCUUCUCCAAUACGAUCCCGACCUGCCUCACAAACAGCAUCGAGUGAGAUUCUAGCUCAACCGCCGCCUCUGAAAGUACCUGUGUCAAAUGGAGAAAAUGGAGAACAGUUUUUCAACGGUCCUCUGUACACCCUCAAAGCCUUUGGCAUCGCUACUGCUCUUGUGACGCUAGGUGCCACAGCAUCUAUUUGGGGAGUAAUGAAAGCUCUCAAUGCUCAUGAUAUCAACGAGUUUGCGGAACGUCUCCGUCAUGCGGUGCUGACCAAACUACCCGUCCUCUCACACCGAAUAUAUCGUCCAGCUGAACCCCAUGCUAAUGAUUCUGCGCGGACGGAAAAUCCUGCAUCUGAACCCGUGGGAUGGAAUUGGCAAGAAGCAGAGGUCCGCCUUAGAGAAGCGUUUGACAAGGGGGGUUUUCAUAGUUGGGCAUCAGCUGCUCUAGUAGAGGUGGAGGCAGAAGCAAUGGUCGAAAGAACAAAAAGGGGUAUCACUCAAACCCAGGAGAAGCCGACUAGUUGA